AUAUUGUAGAAAAAUACUAUUCAAAUUAGAUACUCGGGUACUAUCAUCUCAACAUUACCUACAUCUCCUCAAAACAUGAAGUAAAUCGGACGAAUCAUAUGUGAAUAUAUAUAUUAAUUUACAUAGCUCACUUACCUACCUGUUAUGUUUACUUCUCCUCCUCCUUCUCCUCCCCCUUGCACUAAUCCAGCUUUCAAUGUUACACUACUACGGUCCCCUUCACUUCCCCAGAUAUCGCUAAAAGUACCUACCUAGAGCUUCCCGCAUCGACCACCUCUGUCGGAUUCUGGUUGAGAACGGGAACCACAAAUCAACUUUUCAACGGAAGACUCUUUCAACUUAUUCACUCAAUAAUUCUUAUACCCCUUUGAAAAUAUUUCUGACUCGUUCACUUCUGACUCUUCAACUAUUACUCACAACAAGUGAUUCACAUUUGAUUUGAAGCUUCCAUCAACCUAGUACCUGCUGAAAGCCACCAGAAAUCAUCUUUGGUGGGGUUGAAGCAACGACAACGGAACAACUACCCCGAGUCAAUAAACCACCAGUCGACCACAUUGAAAUACCUGACAAACGUAGUCAUGAAUCGUUACGAUGACGGCGAGCUAGAGAUAUCUCUGGCACCAUCCGCAAACGCUCGCGCACAACAUAGAGCCUCGGACGCCGGCUCACACUCACGUCGGGAUUCGCAAAAUGGAAACAGCAGGAGGAUGGAAACGGUUCCGGCACCACAAAGGAAGACGGAGCAGCGAGUAGGCGCAUACUCAGUCAUACGUACGCUUGGAGAGGGUUCCUUUGGAAAGGUUAAAUUGGCGGUCCAUCGAGUCACAGGUCAACAGGUUGCGUUGAAGAUUAUUGGGAGGAGGAAGUUGAUCAGUCGUGAUAUGGCUGGGAGAGUGGAGCGAGAAAUCGAAUACCUUCAGCUUUUGAGACAUCCUCAUAUUAUCAAAUUAUAUACCGUCAUUAAAACCACCUCCGAGAUUAUUAUGGUUCUUGAAUAUGCCGGCAAUGAGUUGUUCGACUAUAUCGUACAACACGGAAAGAUGAGAGAAGAUGAAGCCAGGCGGUUUUUCCAACAAAUUAUUUGCGCAGUCGAAUAUUGUCAUAGACAUAAGAUCGUACAUCGAGAUCUAAAACCCGAAAACCUUCUUCUUGACGAAAACCUAAACGUCAAAAUCGCCGAUUUCGGACUUAGUAACAUCAUGACGGAUGGAAACUUCCUCAAGACAAGUUGCGGAAGUCCAAAUUAUGCCGCGCCCGAAGUCAUUAAUGGAAAAUUAUACGCUGGCCCCGAGGUCGAUGUGUGGAGUUGUGGAGUCAUAUUAUAUGUUUUACUUGUGGGAAGAUUACCUUUCGAUGAUGAACAUAUUCCUUCUUUAUUUGCGAAGAUUGCUAGGGGUCAAUAUAAUGUCCCUAGUUAUAUGGGUCGUGAAGCUGCCGCGUUGAUAAAGAAAAUGUUGGCAGUCAAUCCGGUCUACAGAGCUACCAUUGCCGAUAUUCGAGAUGAUCCUUGGUUCACUACAAAUCUACCUGCUUAUUUGCAACCCCCGGUGGAAGAAUUCAUUGAUACAGGUGUCGACCCCGCAAAGGCUAUCAAUCCCCGAGCAAUUGCACCUCAUGCGAGCCCAGCCAUCCAGGAGAAAUUACAUGUGCAAGUUACUGAGAAAAUUAGUAAGACCAUGGGUUAUGGUAUUAAAGAUGUUCAAGAGGCUUUGGCCGCGGAAGAACCUUCGGCCAUUAAAGAUGCGUAUCUUAUUGUUCGGGAGAAUAAAUUGAUGCAAGCUAAUCCAAAUCUCCUCGAUGACAAGAACCAACUUCUCUUCCAGAUUCCUUCACCUCCAGCUUACGACUCAGCAAUUCCCCCCUCAUUACCUAAUUCACCUUCGGUUGCUAUUAAGGAGCGACCCGGCAAUAUUCAACCAGCAGUUGCGCCAUUUCAGCCUCGACCUAGUCCCCUUCUUGAUGCCGUAUCACCGAGAUCUAGUAGCUCCAUUGGAACUGAUAGAUCAUUUGGUCGACCAUAUGUUAGCAAAAUCGGAAUAUUGCCAAGCAGUAUUCCACAAUACCAUAAAGAGUUUAUGGAAACGCACAAGUCUGGCCAUCAGGAGAGUACCCUGUCGACAUCUCACUCAGAGGCCAUCGAACCAUCACCUCAAACAGACGCCGAAAAAGCCGAGACAGUUCGUCGCUUAAAUCCACAUUCUAGAACUCUGGCGAAACUCGAUGAAGGCAAGAAACCAGCAGGUAUGACUCCAGUUCCAUCGAAAAAAUCAAAGCCCACGAAAUGGCAAUUUGGAAUUCGAUCUCGAAAUCAACCUCUUGAAGCAAUUGGAUGCAUUUAUAGAGCUCUUCAAAAGCUUGGUGCUGAAUGGUUAGUUGGUGAUGAAUGGACACCUGGUCAGAAUGAAAGUAAUGGGAAUAAUCGCAACAAUAACAACAAUGACAACGAUGAUCCAAAUGGAAGUGGCGCCUCUCUGCAUCGCGAGACUUCUAUGAAUGAUACUUCAUCGAAGAGAAAUAGAUUCAGUGGUAUGGAUAAGCAAGGAAACCACAAGUUACCGGAAGAUCCAUGGGUGCUUCAUGUCCGUUGGAAGAAAACUGAUAUCCGACGUCAUUCCAUUGCUUCCCUGAACAGUUCUACUUCUAGUCCCGCACUCCCCUCCUCAAUGCCAAAAGAUGACGAAUCUGAAGCCAACGAUGCAGGCGUCAUCAUGCAUCUCGAUAUCCAACUCUAUGAAAUGGAACCCGGUGUCUAUCUAGUGGACUUCAAAUGCGCAGGAUAUGAAACUGCAAAGGGUAUGCUUUGCGAGGAAAAAGAUGUUACUAGUCCUUUCCCUUUCUUGGAUUUGGCUAGUAAAUUAAUCAUUCAAUUAGCAGAAGCUGAUUAGAUGGUUUGCUAAUUAUUCAAUGGUCGACUCUCUGUGGUUUGAUGAUACUUUUCGUGAAAGAUAAAAUACGGAUAACGAGCAAUGAAAAUUCUAUAUGAUUAUUUCCUUGGUAUGGGGAGUGAGCUUGGAAUGUGGAUGUGGACGGAACUGGCUUCGGAGAAUCGGAUAUUAAAACUAUGGCAAGUGGGUGAUUCUAUACCUUACUGCUACUACCUCCACUCAACUUGAUUGGCAUACUGCCUUGUGUUUAUUAAGAAAGGACUGGCGAAUUACAUGGACUGGAACGGAUCGCAAUGGAUGAUUGAAUUGAAAGAGGAGUGGUUGGAGUUCUAUGUGGUUUCGCGAUUAACAGGGUUGCCUCCUUAUUUGUUUUAUUAUUAUGGAGGUGCUUGCUAUUAUUCAGGGAACUUUGGGAGAGAAACAUGUCUUAUUUGUGGCUUGCUCGACUUCAAUUUGGGAGAGACGACAGUUCAGAGUGAGAGUGAGAGGGAAUAGUGGAGAGUGGAGAGUAUGGAGGAACUUGAAAGCAGACGUACCUGAAGAUUGCUAAAAUUCAAGAGUGAUGCAAAUACAAAUGUAGCUGAAGAGAAGAGAUUUAGAUAUUCGAAUCUGGUUUACUUGGUUGUUACAGUUUUACAGAUGAUAACAUGGACUCGGCAUAUGGGUGUGAAUAUGAAUAUGAAUAUAAAUAUCAUUUUUGAGACUUGGUUUCACUUCAGGGCUUGAAUUGAAAUUGAACUGCGCAUUUCACUUGAUGAUAGAAAGACUUUGCGAUGAAGUUGCGAGCGUUGCUAUGAAGAGACUUGG